AUAUAAUUCUGUUAAUAUACCGCAGUCGUUAUCACUAUCACUGGUAUAUGAAUAUUCUGUUCUGCAGAUUUGAGUACAGAUCUCAGUGCGUUCGUAUAUAUAUUGUUUUUGUCAGUAAAGAUAAUCUUUUCGUUAUUUAGAGAGAUUCAGAGAGAAAUGGCUUCAUAUUCUUCGUCCUCUCUUUCUAGAAUCUCAACUCUCCAGAAUCAUAUCUCCCCUCUUGAAGCCAACAACAAGCUACGGAGUCUGGUCAAGAUAUCUCCACAAGUGUCUGAAGCCAUAGCCAGUGGACGUGCUGUGGUCGCUCUUGAGUCAACCAUUAUCUCACAUGGGAUGCCUUACCCUCAAAACCUGCAAACAGCAAAAGAGGUGGAGUCAAUUGUGAGAGAGAAUGGAGCAGUCCCUGCAACAAUAGCUAUAUUAAACGGAGUACCUUGCAUAGGUCUGAACGAAGAAGAACUAGAACGUCUUGCAUCUCUGGGCAAAAGUGUCCAAAAGACUGCAGGCAGGGACAUACCACAUGUUGUGGCGACAAGAGGAGAUGGUGCAACUACAGUCUCUGCAACGUUGUUUUUUGCUUCAAUGGUUGGCAUCCAAGUCUUUGUAACCGGCGGGAUAGGAGGUGUGCAUAGACAUGCCAACCAUACUAUGGACAUAUCAUCUGAUCUUACUGCACUAGGAAGGACUCCUAUAGCUGUGAUAUCAGCAGGCGUUAAAUCAAUACUUGAUAUCCCAAAGACUCUUGAAUAUUUGGAAACUCAAGAAGUGUAUGUUGCUGCAUACAAGAGCGAUGAGUUUCCAGCAUUUUUCACAGAGAAAAGCGGCUGUAAGGCACCUUCCCGAGUUGAUAGCCCUGAAGACUGUGCUCGAGUAAUAGAUGCAAACAUGAAGUUAAACCGUAAGGCGGGGAUUCUAUUCGCUGUUCCAAUCCCAAAACAGCAUUCAGCUGCCGGAAAUCUUAUCGAAUCAGCAACACAGCGUGCUCUUACAGAAGCAAGGGAACAAAACGUUACUGGAAAUGCCGAAACUCCAUUCUUACUCUCACGUGUAAAUGAGUUAACUGAAGGCACCUCACUUGCAGCAAAUAUUGCGCUUGUGAAAAACAAUGCCCUUAUCGGUUCUCAAAUUGCAGUAGCGCUUUCUCAGCUGGUAUGAGCUUCCUUAUCAACCUCAGACUCAGGCUCAGGUUCAUGAUUCAGGACUGGUCAAAGAUCUUUUAGAUUGGUAGUAAUCUAGUGUUUUAAUGUUGCUUAUGAAAUAUUGUUUCUUGCCCAAAAAAAAACUCUUUUUUAACAAACUUUCACAUGUUAUAUGAAUAUUUUUAUAUCA